CAGGUUACGUGAGAGUGUGUUGUGGUCAGUGGAAGACCCCGGGGCCCUGGAUCCUGAGGGUUUGAAAACAGUAGACGGAGCUUGUGGAGUCUGCCGGGGUGGAACGGAGAUUGUGGGAAGAAGAAGUCCACUUUUCCUGCCCAUUCAAGGGCAUCGCUGGGGGCCCGAAGAUCAGCUCAGAGCUGAGGCCUGUCAGCAGAGCCUCAUGGAGCAGAGAAGACGAGUCAGGCUGCACCACAGGGGAUGUCUAAGCUGACAAGGUCUGAGCUCACGCAGCCAUGGGGGACUGGAACCUGCUGGGAAAGCUUCUGGAAAAGGCCCAGGAGCACUCCACCGUGGUGGGCAAGGUGUGGCUCACUGUCCUCUUCAUCUUCCGCAUCCUGGUCCUGAGUGCAGCCACAGAGAAAGUGUGGGGUGACGAGCAGUCGGGCUUCACCUGCGACACCAAACAGCCUGGUUGUGAGAACGUCUGUUAUGACAUCACGUUCCCCAUCUCCCAUGUGCGUUUUUGGGUACUGCAGAUCAUCUUUGUGUCCACACCUACCCUGAUCUACCUGGGACACAUCCUCCACCUGGUGCGCAUGGAGGAGAAGCACAAAGAGAAAAAUAAGGAUAAGAACAAGGCCCAUAAUUCAGACAAGCAGGCCCUCAUUGUGGAUCCCAAACACAAAAAGCCUCUGGUAAGGGACGACAAAGGCAGAGUGCGCCUGCAGGGGGAGCUCUUGCGCACAUAUGUCUUUAAUGUGAUCUUUAAGACCCUGUUUGAAGUGGGAUUCAUUGUGGCUCAGUACCUCUUGUACGGCUUUGAGCUUAAGCCCAUGUACACAUGCGACAGACCGCCUUGCCCCAAUGUGGUAAACUGCUAUGUCUCCCGCCCCACAGAGAAAACAAUCUUCAUCAUCUUCAUGCUGGGAGUUGCCAGCUUUUCUCUCUUCCUCAAUCUUAUAGAGAUCUACCACCUGGGCUUCACCAAAUGCCGCCAAGGCAUCACUUUCAGGAGAAGGGACCGGUCAGCUGAGACUCUCCCUGAGGGGCCUAGUGAGACUUCUGUGCCCUUUGCGCCCAGUUAUGAUGAAUACUUCCACGGGCACCACCAAGUCCAGCCACCCUACCCGCCCGUCCCGAGCUACAACCUCUCCCCUCUGUCAGACGGCACAGACUCAUCCUUCCACCCUUAUCACAGCAAGGCAGCCUACAAGCAGAAUAAAGACAACUUAGCGGUGGAGAGGAGCAGCAGCAAACCAGAGGAAUGUGACCUGAAAGGAAAGAAGGGAGCAGGAUCGGCCCCUGGGUCACCUGCACAGGCCAGGCAGGGCCGCAGCGCCAAACACAGCAACAACAAGACAAGAAUAGACGAUCUGAAGAUAUGAGGAGGUUUAUGUUUCUCUGAGGGGUCUUAAAUUGCUGAGAGGGGGUCUGAGAGUGUUGUUUGGACACAUUGGUACAUGCUGAACUGAGUCCCCUCUUUAAGAUGGCACAGGUUUGACUCAUUCCAGCUUUGAAGGCAGAGACAUUUUAGGGUGAAUGGAGAAGCUGCAGAAAUGUGCACAGCCUGAUCAGGUCUAGUAAUCACACCUCUGAUGAACCUGAAAUACUGUGCUGAUAGGAAGUGUCCCAUAGCGGGAUAUUCUUUUAAUCUAAAUUCACAUUAAUGGUGUAUUUCUGCACCAUUUUUUGCAACACCACAUUUCAGUUUUCUUUUUUGAAUGAACAUUUUUAUGGUGUGAGUCUCCACUGCUCACUUUUAAAGUUCCUGUGAGGAACUUAAGGUUUGAUUUGGGGCCUCUGUAAAAGCAGGAUCUGUGAUCUCUGUACUGAAUUUUCCCCUAGAGAUGUUUACCAAGAAAAAAAAUCUCAUCCCACUGGCAAAGGUAUCACUCACUUUGUUAAUAUGUGCUGGGAAAUUGUUCACUCCUCCAGCUAAACUCAUGCCUCUGAACAGGAAAAAUUACAAGAUUUUUAUUAGCAGCAGUAUUAGCAGGCUUAACAUUUAGGCUACCAACUUGAUUUUAACACUACAAAAUACUUUUAAGAAAAAGAAAGAUGUCAUGUAGUGUUUAAAAAAUCAUUAGAUUUUUGCAUGUCUUAUUAUAUUGAGAUAAUUGAUUAUCAUCAUAGCAAAGUUCUGAGUGCAGUAAAACAUUUUAAAAACAUGUAACACUACAUCCCUACACUGUGUAUUAUUAGGCCCCAUACUUUUCUAAAUAUAUCAGGGUCUUUUUUCUACCAUAUUAAUAAUAUUUUGGUAACAUUAAAUAAUCUUGAAAAAAAGGGAUGAAAUGUUCUCUCAGGAUACCUCAUAUCAGAAAUGUAUUUACUUCCUGCAGAUUUGGCUGUAUACAUUUCAAUAAAACUGUAGUAAAACAACAUUUCUGAGGCUUUUUUAUGAAGGUCUA